UCUGUGAUGGAAACACAAAAGGCAACUGGGAUGCAGGUUCUGCUACCCCGGUGCAUCAGAGAAGCAUCUCUGGUUGGCUGGGGCUGCUCCCCCAUUACCCCUUGGUGCUUGAGCACAGGGCCCUCUCCAGUAUGAAUCCAGCUGACAGGCUCGAGCAUGAGAAUGAAGAGACGAAUCCCUGGCAGGGAGGUCCAGAGCGUGCAGAACCAUGCGGGGCAUUCUCGGGAAGAUCCAAAGGGAUUGCUUCUCAGCGGGGGAAAGCUGUGGAGAGUUGGCGCAGGUCAGGGAGGCAGCACCCAGCGAAGCAAGAGGAUAAACCCACCUGCCAUCAGAGAGCUCUCAAGGGACCCCAAGACAGCAACACGGUCACCGCCGAGAAACCCUAUAAAUGUAGCGUGUGCGGCAGAAGCUUCUCUCAGAGCUCCAACCUCCUGACUCACCAGAGGCUGCACACGGGUGAGAGACCCUAUAAAUGCACCAGCUGUGGGAAAAGCUUCAACACCAGCUCGGCCCUCAUUGUGCACCGCCGGACCCACACUGGGGAGAAAUCCUACCGCUGUCCUGACUGCGGGCGGAGCUUCAGUGAGGGCUCGGUGCUGAUCAAGCACUGGCGAACCCACACGGGUGAGAAGCCCUACAAGUGCGCCCACUGCGGGAAAGGCUUCAGCCAGAGCUCCAACCUACACGCCCACCAGCGGGUCCACACCGGGGAGCGGCCCUACCACUGCACCGACUGCGGGAAACACUUCAGCACCAGCUCCAACCUCAGCGCCCACCAGCGGGUCCACACCGGGGAGCGACCCUACAAAUGCCCUGAGUGCGGGCGGAGCUUCAGCCAGCAAUCCAACCUGAUCUCCCACCAGAGGACCCACCUGGAGGAGAAAUCCCACCUGUGCCCCGACUGCGGAGAAGGCUUCGGCACCAGUGCCCAGCUCCUGACCCAUCGGAGGAGCCACGCAGGCGACAGGCCUUAUAAAUGUCCUGACUGCGAGAAAAGCUUCCCCAGCCGCUCCGCCCUCAUCACCCAUCAGAGGACCCACACGGGAGAAAAACCCUACAAAUGUCCCGAUUGCCAGCGGGGCUUCACCCGGCGCUCGGACCUCAAUAAGCACCGCCGGGUCCACACGGGGGAGAGACCCUUUAGGUGUGCCAGCUGUGGGAAAAGCUUCAGCCAGAGCUCCCACCUCAUUACCCAUAAGAGACUGCAUGAGGAUGCAAAGCCCUAUAAAGGCAGCAUGAGCACCACGCCGACGGUCCUCCAGGAAGAGGAUCCCGGUAAAGAUACUCAGAGCAGGGGAAGCGUCGGCCAGAGCUCGGCAGAGACCAGCGAUGGGGAAGCCCACCUGGCGGGGAAGCCCCAUCAAUGCCCUGACUGCGGGGAAAGGUUUGAUGCCAGCUCUGAGCUCAAUGUGCAUCGGCGAAUGCACCGAGAGGAGAAAUCUCGUCCGGGUGCUAACGCUGUGGAAAGGUUAAGUGGCUCCAAUCACAAUGCACGAGAAGGAGCUGACCAAGAGGAGGAAGCUGAUCUGGGGAAAAGAUUGAAGGCGAGCCCAGCACCCCCCAAUACACAUCCCAAAACCCCACUGGAGGAGGUGUUCUCUCCAUGUGUUAACACUGAGCAAAGUCCCCAACCCACCAGCUCCAACGUCAGUGCACAUCAGAGAGCCCACUCAGAGGGGGAAUCCUUCCCAUGCGCUGGUAUGGAGCAGAGCCCAGUGCCGGCUGCCCACCAGGCAGAGCCAAGGGGCCGCAAGGCACGUUCUGAUCUGAGCUUGGCCCCUUCGCGCUGUCCAGCCGUGAAGCCCUUCAAGUGCUCCGAAUGCGGGAAGAGCUUCAGCCAGAGCUCCAACCUGAUCAAACACCAGCGGACCCACACGGGGGAGCGGCCCUACACCUGCGCCGUCUGCAAGCGGAAUUUCAACACCAGCUCGACGCUGAUCGUGCACCGCCGGACCCACACCGGGGAAAAAUCCUACCAGUGCCCUGACUGCGGGCGCAGCUUCCGGGACAGCUCUGUGCUGAUCAAACACCAGAGGAUCCACACGGGAGAGAAACCUUACAAAUGCUCCCACUGCGGGAAAGGCUUUGCCCAGAGCUCCAACCUUCAUGCCCACCAGAGGACCCAUACUGGGGAGCGGCCCUACCACUGCCCUGAAUGUGGGCGGGGCUUCAGCCAGCGCUCCAACCUCAUCACCCACCAGAGGACCCACACAGAGGAGAAAUCCUACCUCUGCCCUGACUGCGGGGUUGGCUUCGGUUCCCGCCCGGCCCUGGUGACCCAUCAGAGGGCCCACGCGGAGGGCAGGCCCCACCAAUGCUCCGACUGCCAGAGGAGCUUCGCCCGGCGCUCGGACCUCGUUAAGCACUGGCGGACCCACACGGGAGAGAGACCCUACCUGUGCCCCCAGUGCGGGAGAAGCUUCAGCCAGAGCUCCCACCUGGUGGUCCAUCAGCGAUCGCACCUGCCAGAGAAGCCAUACAAAUGCACCGACUGUGGGAAAAGCUUCAGCACCAGUUCUCACCUCCUUGCCCACCAAGGGACCCACACGGCAUAGCCACCUGGCACCGGUGCGGUCCUAGAAGUGUCGGGCUGGACAGGGCCUCGAGAGGGCAUCCAGUCCAGUCCCACCAGCGGAGGCAGGACCAAAUACACCUAGCCCAUCCCUGACAGGUGUUUGUCCAACCGGGUCUUAAAAACCUCCAAUGGUGAGGGUCCCACAGCCUCCAUAGGUCGCCUGUUCCUGAGCCAAACUCCCCUUAAGUGUUAGAAAGUUUUUCCGCAUAUCUGGGCUAAAUCUUCCUUGCUCCAGAUCAAGCCAAUUACUUCCACUGUGACUAAUAAUACUGUUGCCUUCCUAUAAAUCACUUUUCACCUGUAGAGCUCAAAGCACUUCCCAAUUCCUAAUCUCUAUAUCCUCACAGCACCCCGAGAGGUAGGGAAGCGUUAGUCCCCCAUCUGUAAAACGGGGGAUAAUGAGACACAGAGAGGCUAAGUGGCUAACUCGAAGUCAGACAGGAAACCCGCAGCCUAGCAGGGAGAUGAAACUGACUCGCCCGUGUCCUCAGCCAGAGCCUUUACCAUUGGACCAUCCUUGCCCUCAGGUAGCUGAAAUCAUAGGCGCCGACUUUCUAAUGUGCCGGGGGGUGCUUGCCCCUGCUCCGCCCCAGGCCCCACCCCAACUCCACCCUUUCCCCCAAGGCCCGACCCCCAACCCGCCUCUUCCGGCCCCCUCCCCUGAGCGCACCACGCCAUCCUUCCCCUCCCCCCAGUGCACCCCGCCCUCGCUCCUCCCUUCCCCCGCCAGUGCUGGCAUGCAGUUAAGCGGUUGCAUGCCAGCGAACAGCUGAUCCACGGUGGGCUGGAGGCGCUGGGAGGGAGGGGGAGGUGCUGAUCGGUGGGGCCCACCGGCGGCCAAGAGAAGCUGUGGGGAGGGGGAGGCACUGAUGGGGGGCUGCUAGUGGGUGCUCAGCACCCACCAUUUUUUUCCUGUGGGUGCUCCAGCCCUAGAGCACCCACGGAGUUGGCACCUAUGGCUCAAAUAGGGGAGGAAGGCAGCACUGGGGGAUACCUGGACUCUGGAUACUCCCUGUGUGACCUUGAGCAAGGUACUUAGGGACCAUCCACACUGCCGUUGUAAGUCCCAGCUUGGGUAGAUGUACACACCCUCGCUUUGAUCAAGCUGGCGUGCUCAAAGUAACAGCGAUGCUGCCGCAGCAUGGAGGACAAUCCCGUCCAAGACCCACGCUGUGUACUCAAGUGGCUAGCCCGUCCUGCCCCCCACCCCGUGGCAGCUACACUAGGAGUGGCAGAACUAGGAGUGGCGGAAGCUUCCUGAAAGUGGGGGGCUCACUGGCACCUGAACCGUGGCCGCACCUGCCUGUGCCACCCCUUCUCCCCAAGGCCCCGCCCUUGUGCCGCCCCUUCCCCUGAGACUCUGCCCCCACCUCACCUCUUCCCUCCAUGACCCCACCCCCUGCUCACUCCUCUCCGCCCUCUCCCCCCCGUCGUUUGCCCUUAUAGCUAGUAAAAAGUGAUGGGCCGUGGCCCCCUGGUUCCCCCCCAUUCUGCUGCCCCGAAGCUACCCCACUGUUUUUAGCAUGCUAGCGCGAUCAAAGGGAGCACAUAUACAUCUACCCAUGCUGGAAAUUGCAGCUCCAGCUUUAAUAGAAACACACCCUUAAGGCUAGAUUUUUCAAAGUGCCUAAAGAUUGAAAUCAAUGGGAGUUUAGUCCCUAUGCAGGUAUGGUGCCUAUGAAUCAUAGAAUAUCAGGGUUGGAAGGGACCUCAGGAGGACGUCUAGUCCAACCCCCUGCUCAAAGCAGGGCCAAUCCCCAACUAAAUCAUCCCAGCCAGGGCUUUGUCAAGCCUGACCUUAAAAACUUCGAAGGAAGGAGAUUCCACCACCUCCCUAGGUAACACAUUGCAGUCUUUCACCACCCUCCUAGUGAAAAAGUGUUUCCUAAUAUCCAACCUAAACAUCCCCCACUGCAACUUGAGACCAUUACUCCUUGUUCUGUCAUCAGCUACCACUGAGAACAGUCUAGAUCCAUCGUCUUUGGAACCCCCUUUCAGGUAGUUGAAAGCAGCUAUCAAAUCCCCCCUCAUUCUUCUCUUCCGCAGACUAAACAAUCCCAGUUCCCUCAGCCUCUCCUCAUAACUCAUGCAUUCCAGUCCCCUAAUCAUUUUUGUUGCCCUCCGCUGGACGUUUUCCAACUUUUCCACAUCCUUCUUGUAGUGUGGGGCCCAAAACUGGACACAGUACUCCAGAUGAGGCCUCACCAAUGUCGAAUAGAGGGGAACGAUCUCGUCCCUCGAUCUGCUGGCAAUGCUCCUACUUAAACAUCCCAAAAUGCCAUUGGCCUUCUUUGCAACAAAGGCACAUUGUUGACUCAUAUCCAGCUUCUCGUCCACUGUAACCCCUAGGUCCUUUUCUGCAGAACUGCUGCCAAGCCAUUCGGUCCCUAGUCUGUAGCAGUGCAUGGGAUUCUUCCAUCCUAAGUGCAGGACUCUGCACUUGUCCUUGUUGAACCUCAUCAGAUUUCUUUUGGCCCAGUCCUCUAAUUUGUCUAGGGCCCUCUGUAUCCUAUCCCUACCCUCCAGCGUAUCUACCUCUCCUCCCAGUUUAGUGUCAUCUGCAAACUUGCUGAGGGUGCAAUCCACACAAUCCUCCAGAUCAUUAAUGAAGAUAUUGAACAAAACCGGCCCCAGGACCGACCCUUGGGGAAGUCCACUUGAUACCGGCUGCCAACUAGACAUGGAGCCAUUGAUCACUACCCGUUGAGCCCAAGGAUCUAGCCAACUUUCUAUCCACCUUAUAGUCCGUUCAUCCAGCCCAUACGUCUUUAACUUGCUGGCAAGAAUACUGUGGGACACCGUGUCAAAAGCUUUGCUACAGUCAAGAAACAAUACAUCCACUGCUUUCCCCUCAUCCACAGAGCCAGUUAUCUUGUCAUAGAAAGCAAUGUGAUUAGUCAGGCAUGACUUGUCCUUGGUGAAUCCACGCUGACUGUUCCUGAUCACUUUCCUCUCCUCUAAGUGCUUCAGAAUUGAUUCCUUGAGGACCUGCUCCAUGAUUUUUCCAGGGACUGAGGUGAGGCUGACUGGCCUGUAGUUCCCAGGAUCCUCCUUCUUCCCUUUUGUAAAGAUGGGCACUACAUUAGCCUUUUUCCAGUCGUCCGGGACUUCCCUCGAUCGCCAUGAGUUUUCAAAGAUAAUGGCCAAUUGCUCUGCAGUCACAUCUGCCAACUCCUUUAGCACUCUUGGAUGCAGCGCAUCCGGCCCCAUGGACUUGUGCUCGUCCAGGUUUUCUAAAUAGUCCCGAACCACCUCUUUCUCCACAGAGGGCUGGUCACCUCCUCCCCAUGCUGUGCUGCCCAGUGCAGUAGUCUGGGAGCUGACCUUGUUCGUGAAGACAGAGGCAAAAAAAGCAUUGAGUACAUUAGCUUUUUCCACAUCCUCUGUCACUAGGUUGCCUCCCUCGUUCAGUAAGGGGCCCACACUUUCCUUGACUUUCUUCUUGUUGCCAACAUACCUGAAGAAACCCUUCUUGUUACUCUUAACAUCUCUUGCUAGCUGCAACUCCAGGUGUGAUUUGGCCUUCCUGAUUUCACUCCUGCAUGCCCGAGCAAUAUUUUUAUACUCUUCCCUGGUCAUUUGUCCAAUCUUCCACUUCUUGUAAGCUUCUUUUUUGUGUUUAAGAUCAGCAAGGAUUUCACUGUUAAGCCAAGCUGGUCACCUGCCAUAUUUACUAUUCUUUCUACACAUCGAGAUGGUUUGUUCCUGCAACCUCAAUAAGGAUUCUUUAAAAUUACAGCCAGCUCUCCUGGACUCCUUUCCCCCUCAUGUUAUUCUCCCAGGGGAUCCUCCCCAUCAGUUCCCUGAGGUUGUCAAAGUCUGCUUUUCUGAAGUACAGGGUCCGUAUUCUGCUGCUCUCCUUUCUUCCUUGUGUCAGGAUCCUGAACUCGACCAUCUCAUGGUCACUGCCUCCCAGUUUCCCAUCCACUUUUGCUUGCCCUACUAAUUCUUCCCGGUUUGUGAGUAGCAGGUCAAGAAGAGCUUUGCCCUAGUUGGUUCCUCCAGUAUUUGCACCAGGAAAUUGUCCCCUACACUUUCCAAAAACUUCCUGGAUUGUCUGUGCACCGUUGUAUUGCUCUCCCAGCAGAUAUCAGGGUGAUUGAAGUAUCCCAUGAGAACCAGGGCCUGCGAUCUAGUAACUUCCAUUACUAGAACAUCCCGUUGAAUGCCUCCCUGCAUCUUUAGGCACCGAAACACCUUUGAAAAUCUAGCCUCUUGUGCCUCAGUUCUCAAUCUAUACAAUGGGGAUAGGAGCACCCAUCUUACACAGUGCAUUAAAGAUUGCGAGGUCUUUGGAUACUAGGUGAAGGGAGGCCUGAUAAGUACCCUUAGAAUACAUUAUUGUGCCAUAAAUAUAGAGACCUUUGUCAUGCUUGAAAUUGUGUUGACAGCUAGUCACUGGUUGGCAUUUUCUGAGCAGAAAAUAUUUUGUUAAGGGUGGGACCCGGGGUGCUUGGGGCAGCCCUCACUGAAAAUGCCAAGAUCAGUGCAGGCUGCAAAAGGAGAGCAGAUAACCACCAGUUCUGGGAGAAACACUCAAGUUAGACUCCCCAGCCAGUCACAAACUGUGCUUCUGAUCCCCCACAUUGGUUCUCGAGAAACUAAAAAAGAAAUCACACAGCCCCAUUUAUUGCAUUCCAGUUCUCUGGCUUCCAAUCAGCACCUAGGUUCAGUACAGUGAGAAGUUAUUUAAAAACUCUGCUCACAUAUACAAAAUGUUCUUCUGACCCCAAAGGGUCAGCCACAUUGCCAGGUCAGUACUAGUUUGGAUCUUACCCAAAAUACCAUGCUGCAAGCCAAUCCUUUAGGGUCUAAAACUAAAGGUUUAUUAUAAGGAAAAAGAAAGAACAAGAAGAGAGUUGUUAAAUGGUAAAGCAAUCAGAUACAUACAGAGAUUUCAAAGUCAUAUAUCAGGGUCUUAGCAGUAUUGGUGAGUUUGCUGGCUUGAAAGUCCCUCUGGAACACAUCCACAGCUUGGAUGAAUCAUUCAGUCCUUUGUUCAGUUUGUAGAAAAGUUACUCCAGAGGUAAGAAGCAGGAAUGAAGACAAAAUGGAGAUGAUGCAGCUUCCUUUUAUAUUCUUUUGCCACAUGGCUUGUGCUUCCUGUGUCCCAAACACAAGCUUCACAGCACAUGGCAUGGAAAAGCCAUGGAGUUCUCUUCCAUAGGCAUGCCCCUACAUGUCUUGCUGACUCAUACAGUGUAACCCUUGGAUUCUUUCAGUGGUUCAUUGUACAGCUGAUGACCCUUGAUGGCCAUCAAACAGGCUAGGCAGUGCUGAUGGCAGUCAGUCUGGAGGUGUCACCCAGAAACACAGCACAAGUUGGAAAUACAGCUACACCCUACACAUCUAUAACUCACAAUACAAAGGUGAUACAAACAUAUAAAGAAGAUGAUCUUACUUGGCAAAUUCUAACAUUUUCACAGAUACCUCACACGGCAUAUCUGGUCAGAUUCCUUGCAAUUUUAUAAUAUUGGCAUCAACACUAUCAUAUAAAGUGCCCCCCAUAUUCUAUACAGAGUCACAAAUGGAAAAUCUCGUUUCAUCAAAACCAGAAAAGUAGCGUUCCUCUGGGAAACUGGGCAUUUCCCACUGGGAAAUCCCCAAGCGGGGGAAAGCUAGUGGGAAUCUACUUUCCAACUUGAUUUCCAGCUGGAAAAAGUUGGGAAACGGUCAGAAAAUGUGAGAAAAUAGGAUUGUCUUACUCUCCCCUUCUUUUUCUAAUAGUCCCAUGGGAAAACUGGAAUUUUCCACUGGGAAAACUUCCCAAAGGACAUAUGCCCCUGAAAAUUCCUCUGAGAACUCAAUACAAGGGUAGCUGUGUGAAAUUCUAUGGCCUAUAUAAAGCAGGAGAUCAGACUAGAUGAUCAAAUGGUCCCUUCUAGCCUUAAAAUCUAGGAAACAAAUUCCCAUUUUCCAACCAGGUCUCGUAACUUCACCGCUAGCUAGGCCUGGCUAAUGGAUGUGGCCCUUUAGCCCAAGCGGGAGGUGCUUAUGCUUUUGGAUAGAGGUCAGGGGGUUCAGUCCUCACAGAUGCUCAAAUUCCCUACAGAGCUUUAAAAAUUCCAAUCUCUGUGUCCGCAUGUACCAUUGCUGCUCAGAAACCGAACUUGAGACUUCUGGAGCUAAAAGCAAGAAUAGGCACGGCCUGAUCUAAAGGAGAAAAGGGGGCUGCAUUUGAUAGUAAAGUUUUAUUUAUAAAAGUUUUAAUAAACGAUGAAUAGCUGUUAGAAGCAUGUUACAGACGUGAUUAGUAUGUGCUAUAGGUGCAUCGGUUGAAGGUUAUAAGCAUGUCCGUAGGAGUCAAUAUCAAUGGUUAUAAGCAAUCUAUUGACCUGUCUAAAUGGGGGGGGGGGGGGGGUCGCAUACUUCUUUGCUUCUGUAGGCUGAGUUUAUUGCACAUACCAGAGACCUCUUGCCUCCUUCCAGUUCACUCUCCUUUCCCCUCUAUUUCAGCGACUCCCUGUAACUUUCCUCCCUUCCUCGGUUAGUCUUUGUUCUGUCCGGGAGAUGAGUCAUUUGGGAUAGCAACAUGUUAAACUCCACUGGGAGAAGGAGCAGGGAUGUUGUUAUGCUGGAAGGUGUUGGGGGUGCCAUCAACCUGUUGUUUGGUCUACAGACAUUUGCAGAGGUGGUUGAAGCUGUGGCUAGGUGAAUCAGAUGGAAGGGGCUCCCCGUGUCCCCUAUUUUUCCCUUUCUUGUUUUCUGAUUUUGUUCCCCCAAAAUCAAUAGGAUUGUGACCACUGACAUCUAGAACAUUCCCAUGUACGUUGGAAUUGAUCAGCUGCGGUGUUCAGACGUUACCAUGUUACAAAAGAUAAACGGAGAAAUGUAGUUGAGUGUCAGGCUUUUGAACGCCUAGCCAACGAUUGAGUGACCAUUUCUUGAAAUGCUCUGUUAAUCCUGUAUUAAUCUGUAAUAAAUGUCACCAUGAUAAAAA